ACGUCGGUUCAGUGGCAAAACGGCCAGAAAGCGGAUCUCGACUACGAGUACAAAAUCAAGUCUUCCGGCGAUCAGUUCCACCACGAAAUGGACGCCAAACUUAAGGCUUUCGGCCGAGAGCUAAGACACUCGGGUUUGCUGCGUCUCUCGCGCCGCGAUCUCGACCUCAAGUCUCGCGUUCUGUCCGACGGUUCCCAAGUUUAUGAGUUGGACUCUCAGCUGUCACGUGACCGCCAGUCGCGCCUCGCCUUCGAGACGCCGGCGAUUGUGGCGAAAGUGGCGGCGAAUGCCUUCUCAGCGCCCGCUUUGAUGGCAAUCGACAUCUCUUCGCCCAUUAAUCGCUUCCAACACAAGACUGACAUCGAGUUUGUGCCCAAACUCUCGCUUCUCGUGAAGUCCGACACCAAAAGAGACAACAGAAACCUUCUGAACUUCCAGUCGCACCUCUCGCGCACCGUCCCCUCCCACGUGAUGAUCGUCUCGGAGCCCAUCGACGGGCGCUUCGAUUUGGAUCUC